AAAGAAGGGAAGAGAAAAGAUACUCGCUGUAUUCAGCCAUUGUUAUCGCUUACCUUUUCUUCUACCUUAGUAGUAGGUUCCCUCCACUACUAAUACGGGUCAUUAAUGACCCCCUCUCUUGCUUUUGCCUCUUCCCCUCUCUUAGUAAAUACCAGAGUACUCUCAGCUACCUACGUCCGUGAAUACUUACUCUCCUCUCUCCUGUUUCUCCUGUUUAUACAUAUAUAUAUAUAUAUAUAUAUUUCAUUAGUGGAAGGGGUGGAUGCAUUAUUCUACCCAGGCUUGUGCUUUUGCAUUCUUACACCAACAAUCAAUCACCACAGCCGCCACAUUUCUCUCCUCUACCGUCUUGUACUGUCAUUACUACCGCCCCUUCCUCUCGUCCUAUGGACUGUAUAUGCUCAUCGUUGUAGAUUUUUGUAUCCCAUAAAUUCUCAUCAUUGAAUGCUUCUUUCCCCGUCAACUCAACCUAUCCACUCCAGAAGCAAGCGUUAUCAUUCGUACCGAUAUCUCUCCUUGCGCUUUUUUUUUUUUACGCUGAGGUUGAUCCCCUACCUGGUGCCUUCCAUAUCCCCGAUUCGGCU